AAUUCACCAGGCACCAACUGCCAUUGAACUGGGCGCUUCCGCUUCACGUACCAAUAUUGACACGUACCAACGUAGAUACGCCGCAGAAAGCACUGAAGGCUGAAGCUAGGCCCGAUUCCGAUUGGAGAGCUCUGAGCUUUCAAGUUUUGAAAGGAUCAAAAUGCUAGCAGCUAGCAUGACGUUCUGUAGCUCUAGGCGGCGCUGGCAGUGGGACUCGCUGUUCUCAGGUUCCUAGAUUAAGAUCGGGCUUCGCGGUGGGUGUUGCACAAACAUUGAUUUCUGAAUAGAGCAGAGCAUGGCUUCUCUGCCACCAGAAGAGCACAAACCUGCUUCCCGCCCCAAGUAUGUGUGGUCUCGCCUCUCCCCCACGGUUUGGAAGAUCGUGGAGUAUGAUCCAUACGGAGAGUACCCCUUCAUGUACCUCCUCGAAGGAGCGGACAGGCUGCUCCUGCUAGACACGGGGUGCGGAACCGGCGACCUUCUGAGCUUUGUCACCAGUUCUGAGCUGAACCCGCAGCAAUUGCCGAUUUACAUUGUCUGCACUCACAGCCAUUUUGACCACAUUGGCUGCAAUUGGCAGUUCAGCGGCGCGGGGGGAAAGGCUGCGUGCUGUGCCGAGCUCGCGUUCGGGGCGGUGGAUAAGCAAUGGACGGAAACUUGGGGGAGCAACCCCUUCAGCUUCGGGGAGCGAGUCAAGGGGUUCAAAAUCACAAAGUGGCUGGCAGAUGGGGAGGUUAUCCGGCUAGGCCCCGGCGAUCUCGACUCCGUCCGCGUACUCUUCACCCCCGGGCACACCCCCGACCAGAUCGCGCUCUACUAUGCAAAAGAACGCUGGGACGCGUACCAAAGCUCGGUGACUAAGCUGAUGCGAUUGGUUGAAGAAGAGGAGGCGGCCGCCCCGGGGGAUCCCCCGGUCAUCUUGUGCUCGGGGCAUAUUGACGACUUUCUCCCGGCCAAAGCCGCGCUUGGGCAGUUUGGCAACCUGGUUGCUGGAAUAAAGGACGGGUCACUCGCGAAGAUCCGCAACACAGCGCUGGGGAUGGAGUUCGAGGAGUAUAAGCUGGGCACCGUGUCCAUAGCUUUUCUGCCCGAGAAGCAACCGAGGCCCGGCUGUUGUAAUCUGACCGAAAGGUGA